AUGGCACACAUCGAGGCUACGAGUACGCACGUACGUUCUGCAUGGUCCGACAGUGAAACCUUCUAUGAGCACGCCGAGCAUUGGGUCAAGUAUGCUCAUGUUUACUUCUACCUGGGUCGGUAUCGCGAGGCGGAAGAGAUCUACAGUGGCGUUGUUACUGCCUACCGGAGCCAUCUUCAGCCUUCCGAACCAAAGCUAUUGAGGGCUGUAAGGGGUCUUGCAACCAUCAAACGUUUUCAAGGCGAUUAUGAAGAUGCCCAAAGACUUUACGAAGAAGCCAGAGACGGAUUCACAGAAACGCUAGGGCCGGACGACAUCGAAACACUCCAGACAAUUCAGAGCCUAGCUGUGGUAUAUCGGCACCUCGGCCGCCUGCAAGACUCAAUAGCGCUGUACGAGUGGGCACUUCACGGAAGCAAGCGCGAUGACAAUGGCUUCUACCGUAAAAGCGGAGCGGGUCACCAUUACACGAUCCACACAGUCUUGGGCCUAGCGAUCGUGUACCAACACCGUGGACUAUAUACAGAGGCUGUUGAACACUACAAUGAAGUGGUCAGCCACCGUGUGAGCAAACUUGGUCCUGACCAUCCGGACACGCUUGUGGCUAAACAAAACCUUGCGGAUGGCUUGGGCCGGAAAGGCCAAUACCAGGAAGCAAUGCAGCUUUUCAAGGAGGUGCUGGACUCUAGGAUCUCGCAUCUCGGACGUCAACAUCCAGACACCCUGCGUACAAUCGACUGCAUCGGAAUACUUUAUCGCCACCAAAAGGAAUGGGCAAAGGCGCAAACGGAGUUCAACAAGGCGUAUUUGGGCAGGAGGCAGUCACUAGGGGACUCCCACCCUGACACUCUGGCUACCAUUCAAAACAUGGCUGUUACCUACCGUGAGCAAAGCAAGGAUCAUCCUUACGAUACCGACCAAUUCAACUUCUAUCUUAGAAAGGCCGAGGCCGAAUACAAAAAGGCUCAUUCAGGGCGUAAGAAAGCGCUGGGCGUUGACCACACUGACACGAUGAAAAGUUGGGAAGGCCUGGCGCUGAUUUCUGAGGCUCGCGGUGAUCACGGGACUGCGCGAGACUACUACGAAGAUGUCAAGGCUGGCUUUGAGAAACAUCUUGUGCCAGAAAGUGACGAUGUGAAAAGGGCGGGAGCGGCACUGAGACGUCUGUCAGAGCUAUUGGACGCCCGGGAGAUAUACCGGUGA